GGGCCGGGGCGGGCCGGGCGGGGCGGGCGGCGGGGGUAGGUGGCGGGGCGGCCGCCCGCCGCGCCAUCGGCAGCGGCGCCGGAGCCGGGAGCGCAGCAUGGCCCCGCCGGGCCCGGAGGGCGGCCGAGCCGCCGCCGGAGCCAUGGCCCCCGGGAAGAAGAUCACGGCGCGGAUCAGGAGGACGCUGCCGGUGAGGGGCCCGCAGGCGCCCACGCUGAGCGAGCUGAUGAGGUGGUACUGCCUCAACACCAACACGCACGGCUGCCGGCGCAUCGUGGUGUCGCGGGGCCGCCUCCGCAGGUUCAUCUGGAUCCUGCUGACCCUCAGCGCCGUCGGGCUGAUCCUGUGGCAGUGCGCGGAGCUCCUCUUGAACUACUACAGCGCCUCGGUCUCCGUCACCGUCCAGUUCCAGAAGCUGCCCUUCCCCGCCGUCACCAUCUGCAACAUCAACCCCUACAAGUACAGCUCCAUGAAAGAGUAUUUAUCUGAGUUGGACAAAGAGACAAAAAAAGCUUUGGAGACUUUCUACGGAUUUUCGGAGGGCAAGUCCAAAGUGCGCCGGUCGGUGGAUGAGUGGAACAGCACAGGGAGCGACUUCUUCAAACAGAUCCCUCUGCUGAAGUUUGAAGACUUGUCUAAGACAGCGACUGACCUUCGUAGUGGCCAGAAGAGGAAAAUAGAGGGCAGUGUCUUUCACAAGGAUUCAUCCAUAGUGAACUCUGGGGAUUCAAAUGAUAUCAUUGGCUUUCAGCUGUGCGACGCAAACAACAGCAGCGAGUGUGCACUUUAUACGUUCAGUUCUGGUGUUAAUGCUAUCCAAGAAUGGUACAAGCUGCAUUACAUGAACAUCAUGGCACAAAUUCCCCUGGAGACUAAAGAAAAAUUGAGUUAUUCUGCUGAUGACCUUCUACUGACAUGUUUCUUUGAUGGCCUAUCUUGUGACAAAAGGCACUUCACUCGUUUCCAUCACCCCCUGCAUGGCAAUUGCUAUACCUUCAACAGUGGGGAAAACGGGACGGUCCUGAGCACCUCCACGGGAGGCAGCGAGUACGGAUUGCAGGUCGUUCUGUAUAUAGAUGAAGCAGACUACAACCCCUUCCUGGUGACAUCCACGGGAGCCAAGAUCAUCGUCCAUGACCAAAACGAAUAUCCCUUCAUUGAAGACAUUGGCACAGAAAUUGAGACUGCAGCGGCCACCUCCAUAGGGAUGCACUUUACUCGGUCCCGCAAGCUGAGCAAACCCUACAGUGACUGUACAGAGACUGGUGCUGACAUACCAGUAGAAAAUCUCUAUAACAAGAGCUACUCGCUCCAGAUUUGCCUCCACUCCUGCUUUCAGAAGGCCAUGGUGGACUCGUGCGGCUGUGCCCAGUACGCGCAGCCCUUACCUGCUGGAGCAGAGUACUGCAACUACAAGAAAAACCCCAACUGGAUGUACUGCUACUACAGACUGCACGAGAAGUUCGUGAAGGAGCAGCUGGGCUGCCAGCAAAUCUGCAAAGAUGCCUGCAGCUUCAAGGAGUGGGCGCUCACCACCAGCAUCGCCCAGUGGCCAUCCACCGUGUCAGAGGACUGGAUGCUUCGAGUUCUCUCUUGGGACAAAGGGCAAAAAAUCAACAAGAAGCUAAACAAGACGGACCUCGCAAACCUCAUGGUGUUUUACAAAGACCUGAACGAGAGAUUCAUUUCAGAGAAUCCUGCCAACACACUCGUCAUUCUUCUUUCCAACUUCGGAGGCCAGCUGGGCCUUUGGAUGAGCUGCUCGGUCGUUUGCGUCAUUGAGAUCGUCGAGGUCUUCUUCAUCGAUUCGCUUUCCAUCGUAAUGCGGCGCCAGUGGCAAAAGGCAAAGAAAUGGUGGAACGACCGAAAAAGGGACCAGCUGGGGAAGGCACCGCAGGCCAGUGAUCUGGAGAGGCAGGGCCACGAUAACCCGGUCUGCAUCGAUGAGGACCUGCCCACCUUCAACACCGCCCUCCGCCUGCCGCUGCCCCAGGACAGCCCCUUGCCCAGGACUCCCCCCCCCAAUUACAGCACUUUGCGGCUAGAGACUGCGUUCACAGAGCAGCUGCCCGAUACGCUAGAGGCUGGGCAGCACUGACGCUUAUUUAUCCACCCAUCCAGGUGCCAAAAAAAGAGGUGGGUGCUGGACCCGUGUGUUCAGGGGUGAAAGGCACAUAUCCAAAUGAGCACUGAAGGGCUGUUGGGUCAGACCCUUAUUCAGGGGUUGAACUUGCAGUCAAAGCUUCUCUGAGCAAAGCUCAGACACAAAAGCCAAGGGCUCUGAGACGUUAGGAACUUCAGGCAACAUCAAUUCUCAAGUUAAUCAUUGCAGGAGAUGGCUGGAGCAGGAUGUGGCACUGAGCUGGGAUGUCUUGCCAGACAGAGGCAUACAUUAGCAACCGACUGCACACACCCCAUUGUAAGUGGGCAGGAAUUACUCCACAGCAGAAGAUUGAUGCCACAUUGAGUAUUAACACUAAUUGCUCUCGGCUGUGCGGCUUGACUUGUGGGAAAAACCCAGGGCUUUCAGGAAUGCAGCAUGACAUUUGUAGGAAGGGGCAUGACAGAGGCUUGGGAAGAGCACAGAUUGCUUAAAAGGAAAGCUCUGAAGCUGAAUUUUCUUUAGGAACCUGAUUCCAAAGGUGUCCUGAGGAUCUCUAUUCUGAGAUUAAAAGUUAGGAUAGUCACAGGCGUCCUUGUAGGGCAAGUUAUUACAUGGCUUGAGUAGGAGAACUUAAGUCAUCCCGAAAGAAACAUCUGAGAAGGGCAUGAAAUCUAAUUCAGCUUGCAGUGAUGAAUGGCAUACUCUACAAGCUCGAUUCAUUUUACAUCACUCAAGCUGGCCAUUAAACAGCACCUCAGAGGAGCUCGUUAAGCAGUGCCUGGCCUUGGCCACACGUGACUUCCCAGAAGCCUCAAAGGGAGCUGGCUGCUCUCUUCCUGCUCAACCCCAGGCAUGGACUUCCCUCUGUGGCCACCCAGUUCACAGCCCCGGCGGUGCCCAGGGAGGGGACGGAGCCACACGGGGCUGCAGCGAUGGCCGGAGCUGCCCCGGGCUCCGCUCACAGCCCUGAAGGGAGGCGGCCAGAGGAUACAUCUGCCGCACCGCUCAGCUGCCCGCCUUGCUUACACCCGCUCCGUCCCGCCGUGCUGCAUCGGCACCCUGCGUUCUGCCCCCUCGCGCCGGCCGUGCUGCUGCACCGGACCCUCCUGCUGCUCGGGCCGGCCGGAGGCUGCUCUCUGCGCCCGCACGGCCGCGGAGCGCUUGUGGGGAGCCUCCGGGGCACCCAGCUGCGGAGCCAGCGCCCUUCCCCUUGCCCCCAGGCCUGCACAUGACUUCCUCCUACCCUAGCCGAGGCUUAGCUGCCUAGAGCACGCCGUACAGACGUUGAGGACGAGCAUAGCCCGCACCGGGUUGGCUGCUUAGGGUUUCUGUAGAGCAGGAGCGAUUGAGAGCGCGUGCGUGCGUAAGUGUAAGAAGUCUCUCUUUUCCUUUCUUUAUAUAAACUUAUUUUAUAUAUAGGACGGUGAGAAUCCAUAAAGGUUCUUUUAUGUGCAAUAAAACAUAUUUUAACUGGAUUAUUUAAAUAGCUGAUAAACUGAAGAAAUAAAGAUAUAUUUUUUAGUAA